AUGGGGUGCAGCCAAUCAGGAACAGUCAGGAUGCAACGUUCAUCUCAACAACUGGAUACUUUCUUGACGUCAGAACAGGUGCGUCUGGUGAAACAGAGUUGGAUGAUCCUGGGAGAGGACAUGGCUGCAACUGGACUAUUGGUGUUCAAAAAGUUAUUUGAAAGUAAUGAAGGCCUGAAAAAGCUGUUCUAUAAGCUAAUGAAAUCAGACAACCCUGACAAGAUGGAGUUUGACCAGGAGAAGCUGACGCGCCAUGCCACCAUUGUGAUGCAGGGACUGGGCGCUGCGGUAGAGAGUCUAGAAGACUCGGUUUUCCUCACAAACGUACUCAUUGCCAUGGGCGAGCGUCAUGCUACAUAUAACGUGAAGUCAGAUAUGGUUCCGCACCUUUGGCCGGCAAUUCGGGAUGCUUUUAAGGAGUUGAUGGGAGAGGACUUUUCACCUGCUGUUGAAAGUGCUUGGUUGCAUGUAUUUGAAUAUAUAGGCAGCAAAUUCAAGAUGGGAAUCGUAGCGGGCAAAAAAUGA